UUUCCCAGUGUAGAAGAAAUAUAGCAAAAUUUGGAUGCUUGGCAGCUCCCUUAGAUGACAUAUUUGACACAUAUGGAUCACUUGAUGAGCUUGAGAAAUACAUGGAUGCAGUGAAUAGAUGGGAUCUUAAAGCAGUGGACGAACUUCCAGAAUACAUGAAAUUUAUCUAUGAAGCCAUGUACAACCAUGUUAGUGAAAUGGUCCAAGAUGCUUUGACAGAUAAUGGUAUCGAAAUUCUACCCUACCUUAAGGAACAGUGGAAGCAUUAUAUUGGAACAUAUUAUAAGGAAGCACAAUGGUUGCACAGUGGAUACACACCAAGUGGCAGAAGAAUAUCUAGAGAACGCAUUUGUAUCCAUCGGCAUUGUUAUUUCUAUCAUAUAUGGAAUCUUUGGAGUGACAGGACACAGUAUAGAUCAAUACUUGUCGGAAUUUGUGAAGGAUUGGCCUCACAGUGAUUUAGUUUGUGUGCCUGCUUACUUUGGCCGAUUCAUUGACGAUUUAGAAACUGCCACGAAAGAAAUGGAAAGAGGAGAAUCAAUGAAUUUCACACAUUUUUACAUGAUUCAAAAAGGAGUGACAGAAGAAGAAGCAAGUGAUCAUGUACAAGGUUUAUUGAUAAAUUUGUGGAAAAAACUCAACAAAGCAAUAAUUGAAGAUUCAAUUAGGGCACCCGCCGUUGUCAAACUUGCCGCACUAAUGAUACGAUGCGUUCAUAGGUUAUACAAAUAUGGGGAUUUCUUUGGCAUUCAAACCGAUCAAAAUCAAGAGUGUGUGAAGUCAAUCCUUGAGCCCAUUCCGAUGGACCAGUUCUGAUAUUUCACCCUAAAAUUUG